CCCCCCGACCAUCGGAGAUGCUGUUCACCCGAGGCUGUAGGCAGGAACACCUUUCAUACAGAGAUCACCAGGGCGUUUGGCCUUUUUUCUGGACGGGAAAACAGCGUGAUCUCCCAAACGCGCUGCUGGCACGGAGCGCUGCGUGGGAUGCCGGGGACGGAGCCAUUGCAGUGUUUCGCUGGGGUCACGGCGCGGAGGCCGAAGCGGCCGGGGCACAGUGCGGGGGCUGCGUCCCCCUGUCCCACCGCCGGCGACAGCGCGAGUUUCCCCACUCCCGAGCUAAGGCGAAGCACGUCCCGGGCUCCCCGUGCAACUCCGCAGCAAAGCGGGACACGGUUUUCCGCCCCAGAGCCGCGGCGGGGCCGGGGGUGCCGGUGCCCAGCGCCGCGGUCCCGCCAGCCCUCGCCCGGCUGCCUCGGGCCGGUUUCCGCGGACACAACCCGCAGGACAGCGGGGACCGGGGCGCCUCUUCCCGCCGCCGUCCCGCCCCGAGGAGGGGGCAGUGGCCGCCUCCGGCCACACCUGUGGCUCGGCGGAGGCGGCCGGAGGUCCGCGCAGACCGGCCGGCGCCCGGCGGCAUCAUGACGGUGGGUGCGCGGCUGGGAGCCAAGGUGAGGGGCAGGUACUCCCGCCGCGGGCCCGGCGACGACCAGGUCUCCAUCCUGCCCGGCGAGGAGGAGGAGGAGGCGGCAGCAGCAGCGGCAGCAGCAGCGGGGGGCAGCGCGGGGGCCCCGCAGCCGGCGGCGCCGGAGGAGGAAGGCGCUGCCUCCAGGAAGGUUCGCUUCGCCCUCCUGCCCGGCUCCUACGAGCCCCUGCGCCCGCCGCGGGCCCCCAGCAAGCGGCCCUACGGGAAGCGGCUGAAGAAGUACGGCAAGAACGUCGGCAAAGCUCUGCAGAAGGGAUGUCGCUACUUGGUGGUCGGCCUGCAGGGGUUGGCCGCGGCCUAUUCCGCCCCCUUUGGGGUGGCAACUCAGGUGGCAUCCGCCAUGCGCUAGCGCAGCCCCACGCGCCCCGCCGGGGUGGACACGACCCCGUCGCUGCUUUCUUCGCCUUAAACCUGAGACCUGCACCUGAGAAACCUCUUGGACAAUCAGCCCCUUUCCCCCGACCGAGUGCUCUUCUCUGCAAAAAAAAACCUUCCAGCGCUUUAUAAAAAUCAGACCGGGUUGGAGAAAUGCAAGGAUGAGGAAAUAAUCUUCGACUAAUUGAGCUGAAGUUGGUCCUUGGACAUGAGCUGGUUUUCUGCGGCUAUGUGUGGAAGGGAGCCAAGGAGGUAUGGAAAAGCAAGUAGAUGAGGGAGAGAGAAAUGAAGGGAAGCAGAGGAUUUGGGUGCAGCUGGGGAGAUGGAGAUUGGAGUCUGGCUACAGAGAGGAAUUGUCGAAGCAGUGGAGGAAACUGAUAACGAGAGAUCAGGAAAAGAGGGUUAAGAUUACGAGUAUACUUAAAAAUAUACUCGGAUAUAAGUGGACUGUGGUCUGAGACGUAGUGAACUUGGCUGCAUCGUGGUUGUUCAUCUCAAACACUAGAAAUCAAGGGCCUUUAAAUCUUAAAACUGAUGUAAAAAUCCAGAAUGAAAAUGAGGCGUGUUUGUCUUCUGAUUUUGAAGCAUUAAAUCAUAGAAUCAUUUCAGUUGGAAGAGACCCUCAGGAUCGUCGAGUCCAACCAAAGGUUCACUGUGAUUAGUAUUUUAAACUUUUUCUCUGCUGCUGUGAAACCUGCAUAUAUAUUUUUUUUACUGAGAAUGGUCUUUAUAGCUGACAUACCUGAUUUUGGAAGCUGCGGCUGUAAGGAAACCCAGUUCUGUGGCGUUCACUGGAAAAGAACAUGGAUUACCAGCUGCAUCUGAAAAAAAUCCCUACAUACAGCAUUUGGUAUAAGAAUGUACGACUGUUUUUGUAUAAGAAUGGGGCCAAAUAACCUGCUGCCUCCAUCUUCAUUUCCAUAGGUGGAAGUUGUAGCUAGAGAACGUCAACAUGAGAUGGCCCAGCUCAGUGGUGCGGGUGGAGCAGCUUCCGUGUCACACCUCCAGGGAUAGAAAUUUUGGAUUGAUGACACAGGAAGAACCAGGAGUUUUAUGGGCCUUCAACAUUCUACGGGUUUUGUGGUUUGUUGUUUGUGGUUUGUUUUUUCUUUUCUAUCAGUCUUUUGUGGUAUCAGUCAGUUAUUUCCCUGCUAGCAUUUUCUUUGUAUUAUAGAUCUUUCUAGUUUUGAUAGUGUUUUUGUAAUCAAGGAAUUGACUUAUCUGGAAAAAAAAUACUGUUCAUUGGUGUGUUGUUUUUUUUCCUUUUUGGAACAAAGGGGUUUGCAUGUCGUAGCAAACCACACUUUCUUUCAAAUGUAGCGAUGAAACAAAAGUGGAUCCAUGUGGUGUGUUUCCCUACCAGCAUAAGCGCAGAAAGGAGGCGUCGCUCAGCAGUGGCCCGGGCAGCGAGGGGAAGCUGCCGUGUAAACUUCCCCGCGUUGUUCUGCCCGCGGCCUCAGCCCUCGCCCAGGACACUGUUGUGGCCCAGACUCUGUGGGAACGCUCAGGAAAAUUGGACUAGAUGAUCUUUCGAAGUCCCUUCCAAUCCCUAACAUUCUGUGAUUCUGUGUGAAAGGCAAGGUCUGGAGAUGAGGCUGCAGAGGAUCCGAGGUUGCGUGAGUUGGGGCAGGAAUAGCCACAAAGGGAUUUCACUCACUGAUUUCAUGCCUUUGGUUGUUUCCUUCAGCUUCCUUCUGGGGACAGAUUUGUCCCCCUGAUCUGUCCUGCCAGCAUGCCAGAGGGUAUUGAUCACUGCUGUGUCUUCUGCAGGAAAAACAGGGCUGCCUUGACACCCACAUGCCACACCAGCCUGUGCAUUUUGGGAUUAACUUCACAUUUUGUUACACCUCUCUGUUUUACAGUGCAUGAAUCAUUAGGUUUGUUUGUUUGUGGUUUUUUAUGACUAAAGCAACAGAGGGGGGAUUUGUGUCUCUAUUUUUCUGUGUGAAAUGAGUGUCCAUCUAUUUGUUCACAUAUCUUCUGAAUAGCAAGGCUGCUCCCUCAUUGCAACAUCAAGGGUCCAACCCACUCAGUGCAGAGAGUUUCCACGAAAGUAAACAUGAACUUUAACUCAUGAACCGCUCAGCACAAUGGUUACCACUGACUUUUGCCUGCUGACCUAUGGUCUCUGCUCGCCUGGUGCAACUUUAAGGGAAUAACCUAGUUGCCAUCCAUACAGAACAAGAAUGAUACGUAAAUGGUGUGUCUGUGUGAGCCUGAGAAAUGAAAAGCUUGAUGUAGAUUGGAGAGUCAGCUUCUGCAGAACAGUGUUUCUAAAACAGACCAAAAACAAAGAAAGAAAGAGGAAAGAGAAAGAGAAGUAAUCAAGUAACCUCUGUUGUUGUUAUAAAAGACCUGGUGAUUCAUGCCAGCCUAUUUUCUUUCCUCAAAAUGAACUGACGGUUCUCACUGAGGCUACCGAUUUGUGCUGCUGAUCAGUCCUCCUUGAGCAGUAAUUCACUCCUCAGCUGGUGGAGUGAAUUUGUGAGGCCAAACCUUGGCCUGAGGGUUUGUUACUCUCUUCACCAGCUCAGCAGCAUCUAGAAAAUCUAAAUCUGGAGGGGGUGAGGUUCAUUUUCCAGUAGGCUGGAUGGCAGAGGGCUGUUGUUUCUGUCAAUCAUGGAAUCGUUUUGGUUGGAAGAGACCCUUUAGAUCAUUGAGUCCAACCUUAACCAAACUCUGGCACUAAACCAUGUCCUAAGAGUCUCAUCAACACGUCUUUUAAACACCUCCAGGGAUGGUGACUCCACCACUGCCCUGGGCAGCCUGUUCCAGUGCUUAACAACCGUUUCUGUGAAGAAAUUUUUCCUAAAAUCCAAUAUAAUGGCAGCAUCCCUGCUGGUGCAACAUCUUGGUGGCUUGAGAGGCAAGAGGAAAUAUUCCCUGACUCACUCAGUAUGGGUUGGGGGGUCAUCCUGCUCAGACCACAGGAAAUGGCAACCUCCAUCUGAAGAAGAGCUGUUGUGCUGGAAUUCUGCAUAUGACUUGGAGCAGAAUGAGAUGUCAGUGACGGUGGCUGGGACAGCCUGGGCUCUCCAGGACAGCCCUGAUGGUGUGACAAGCCAGGAGAUCACUGCAGGAUGAACUCUUGGCUUCUGCACGGGCUUUAUGUGCUCCUGGAGAGACUGGCCUUGGAGGAGCCACCCCAGCAGGCUCAAGCCAUGGGUGCAGGCAGGCUCUUUUAUUAAAACAGUCUUGUCUGCAGCUUGUUUCCAAGUUCCUUUUAGGAAUACAAUGGACACUUGACCCUCUUGUUGACAGAGGUGGGAUGUGGUGGAUAUUACUGCUGGAUGAAAUGCAUUCCUCCCUUCAGGUGCCUGCUUGGCACACCUACCAAUUGCCUCACCUCACAGGUUUCUGUUUUCAGUGGUGUGCUACUGUGCUAUCGGGUUCCCUUCAGAUUUCUACCCACCUUUCACCAUGUUUUAUAGCAAAGAGCACGAUAUGUAAGUGUGGGAAGCUGAACACAUGCAAGAGUGGCAAGAAAUAGUCAACUUGUCCAAGCUUGUCUCAGGAAUGAACUACACUAACCUGACAGCCUGGCAAGUCACUUCUGAAUUAAAUCCCUGGCUAUUCCUAUUGCCUGCUCAAUGAGUCACGGAGCAGAAUAAAGCUUAUUUCUGCUGUUUUUGCCAGAGCA